CCUCCGCGUGUCUCUCUCUACAUAUGGCCACCAUUUUCUGAUUCACUCUCUACACCACACUAAUUCCCUCGUUUCUUUCGUCGAAUCGAAAGUCUUUGGAUCUUCGCUAGCCCAUUCUUCUUCUUCAAAUCGUCUGCCGUUUCUGGGCCACAGCUGAUGCAGCAAAAGGGGAGACUCUUCGAUCGAAGGUCGCGCACAUUUUCCAGAUCUCGAGUCGCCAUCGAGAACUCUUGAUCUUCUUCUAUCGCGGAUUUCGGUACUCAAUUCGCAUCAGUUCCUCGCUUUCUUGCUGGUCUUACUCUUACUGCUGUCCGGUUACAAUGGCUUCCAUUCCAGAGCAAGAGCGUGAGGUGCAAAAGAGUUACUGGACUGAGCAUUCUGUUGAUCUGACCUUGGAAGCUAUGAUGCUUGAUUCAAAAGCAGCUGAUCUUGACAAAGAAGAUAGGCCUGAGGUUCUGUCUCUGCUCCCACCAUAUGAAGGAAAAUCUGUUCUAGAACUGGGAGCUGGUAUUGGCCGCUUCACCGGUGAAUUAGCUAAACAAGCUGGCCAGCUUGUCGCUGUGGACUUCAUUGAAAGCGUAAUAAAAAUGAAUGAAAGCAUUAAUGGGCAUUUUAAAAAUGUAAAAUUUUUAUGUGCUGAUGCGGCGUCCUCAGAACUGGAUUUCCCCGAGGGAUCCUUAGACUUAAUUUUUUCAAACUGGCUGUUGAUGUAUCUAGCAGACAAUGAGGUUGAGGAUCUUGCUGAGAGAAUGCUGAAAUGGUUAAAAGUUGGGGGCUACAUUUUCUUUAGAGAAUCAUGUUUUCAUCAGGCUGGAGAUUUUAAGAGAAAGAUCAAUCCAACUCAUUAUCGUGAACCGAGAUAUUAUACAAAGGUGUUUAAAGAGUCUCACGUUCAAGAUAACUCUGGAAAUUCAUUUGAACUUGCUCUUUUGAGUUGCAAGUGCAUUGGAGCUUAUGUUAAAAACAAAAAGAAUCAGAAUCAGAUCUGCUGGGUCUGGCAAAAGGUUGGCUCAGAUGAGGAUAGAGGAUUCCAAAAUUUUUUGGAUACUGUUCAAUAUAAAAGCAAUGGCAUAUUGCGCUACGAACGUGUCUUUGGGAAUGGAUUUGUGAGCACUGGAGGGCUUGUAACGACGAAAGAGUUUGUAGCUAAACUCGAUCUCCAACCUGGCCAAAAAGUCCUGGACGUAGGAUGUGGCAUCGGAGGUGGUGAUUUCUACAUGGCAAAAAAUUACGAUGUUCAUGUCGUUGGCAUUGAUCUCUCGGUCAAUAUGAUAUCUUUUGCUAUCGAGCGUGCAAUCAGUCUCGACUGUGCUGUUGAGUUUGAGGUUGCUGAUUGUACCAAGAAAGAAUACCCUGACAGUACAUUCGAUGUGAUCUAUAGCCGCGACACGAUUCUUCAUAUUCAAGACAAGCCAGCAUUAUUCAGAUCAUUCUACAAGUGGUUGAAAUGUGGAGGCAAAGUUCUUAUAUCUGACUAUUGUAGAAGUGCUGGAACUCCAUCACCUGAUUUCGAGAAGUACAUUAAGCAAAGGGGUUAUGAUCUGCACGACGUAAAUGCUUACGGCCAGAUGCUCAAAGAUGCUGGCUUCGACGAGGUCAUUGCUGAGGACCGAACCGAGCAGUUCAUUCAAGUUCUUGAGAAGGAAUUGGAUGCCAUUGAAAAGGACAAGGAACAUUUUAUAAAAGACUUCUCCGAAGAGGACUAUAAUGAUAUAGUCGGGGGCUGGAAGGCUAAGCUUAAAAGGAGCUCGUUGGGGGAGCAGAGGUGGGGUUUGUUCAUUGCCAGAAAAAAGUGAAUUCUGCUCGAGAACAUCGAUAUUGGUUUGAAUAAGAUUUUCGAGGUUUGCUUUCGAAAAAUUCCCAGUUUGUGUGUAAUUCAAUCAAGGUGAUGCCUGUGACAGCGAUGAUUUCAAUUCCUGUUGUGUUUGCUGAACGAGACGUUCUGUUUUGAUUUUUACAACUUGUGCGCGCGUACUCUUGUUUUUUCGUGGCUAUACUUGUGUUUCUAAGUGAUGGUUUAUUUAUUUAUCUUUUUUCA